CUGGAAUCGAGCUUACUUCCCCUCCGACCCUCUACUACUCUAGGUACAUCACAUGAAAGAAAACAUUAUACAGCCUCCUAGAACUUGGAGCUUUCCGCACAAACAACCUGGUCUUCAAGCUGAACGACUACAAUAUGUCUCCAAAACCCCGCGCGAUCCUGGUCGCUGCGACCCUGCUGGCCCUGACAGCCGCCGCACCCAGCACGAUGCAGCUCAUGCCGAGGAGCUACACCCGCUCGUGUCAGGGCUGCUACCUGAGUGACACCAAGUACCUAUUUUGCUACUGCAACGACGCCGGUGGCCGGCGCGUCGGGACCGAGAUCGAUCUGGAUUGGUGCGUCACCAACCAGGGAGGGCGGCUGGUGGCCAAGGCAAAUGGCAACUUUUCCAAAAGCUGUAAUCAUGAGCGUUGGGUAGAGGGCAGCACUAAUGUGUUGACCGCGUCCUGUGGUGAUGGUAGGGGCGGGGUGAGGGAUAGUUCGAUCAACCUGGAUGAUUUUAUUCACAACAACAACGGCCUCUUGACAUGCCAUGGGAUUCAGGGCGUGGAGGGGCAGGUUCCAGGGGGUCCGGGAUGCCCUUAUCCCCAUACAAUUUGCUAGAGGGAUUUUCUGAUGCCCAGGAGAUAGGGGCGAGCGCGGGGCAGACUUUACCGUUGUUUAAGAUGGCUGCAUGAUUGUGCCAGCCGGUGGUGUCUGUUGAGUUUUAGGGGUGUUUGUCGGCUUUUACGAAUCUAACACGCCAUAUAUCAUUGCCGUGGCUUAUGUACUUCAAAGAGCUCUAUAUCUUGCUAUAAGUGCGUCUUUAUGCGAGCAAAACACCAGA